AAAUUGGAAUAACGUAAUGAUUUACAACUCAUGUCACUUGUUUCUCAGAGUUCGUAUCCAAUUUUGUGAUGUGUGUGACACAAUAAAGCUCUCCUUGCAUUGUUGAUAAAGUAUUGUUUUCUAUAGCUACGAGCAUGUUAAGUAUUCAUAGCAGGAACUGUAAACUUUCCGGAUAUUCCAUUCACAAUUAUAUGCAAAACGGCUGAAUGUGAGUAAUAAAUGUAGUUGUAAAACAAGCUCGUAAGCUCAGUUUAGAUUGAUAAAAUUAGAAGUAUGAUUUGAACAAGCGAACUGUAAAAGUUUCGCUAGAUAAGUCAUUGGGAGAAAAAGUUAUUUACAAUCUACGAGACAAGAAACUGAUUGAAGCUAAUCUAACUGUGAAAUAAGAUCAUUUGGAAGCACAGCGAGUCUGUUUUUGAGAAGCAAGAAGUAGUGAAAUGAACCUCUUAACACAGGAUGCGGAUUUCUGUUAUACAAGUACAAUAAUUUGAACUUCAUGAUCCAAAAGGACUAGAAAAUAUUACAAGACUUAAUACAAGUAAUUUUCAGAAGUUACAAUAUGCUGGACCUCGUCAAGAUAACGAGUCAAAAAGUUACCAGUCCGGAACCGGAUGCACUAGGAAUACACGUAGAAAAACCUAAAUUCCCCGAAUUUGCCCUUGUUUCUAAACGUCUAGAAUCGUACCAAAAUUGGCCAGAAAAUAUUCCCACAGACAAGAAAGAUCUAACAGAAGCAGGUCUCGUUUACACUGGAGUUGGUGACAGCGUGAGGUGUUAUUUCUGUGGCGGUGGUUUAAAAAACUGGGAACCCGGCGAUGUUCCCAUGGAAGAACAUGCACGGUGGUAUCCAAAAUGUCCGCAUGUAAUACUGGUUAAAGGACAAGCCUAUGUGGACAGAAUUAACCGAGGUGAAGAACCUGAAGAGACCGAUAUCGGCAAAGACCAGGGCUAUUUCGAUACAAAUAACAGCAUAAAAACUGUAGCAGCGCAGAGCUGUAUUGAAAUGGGCUACUCCAAAGAAAUGGUAAAACAGGCAGUAAAAAUCUUCAUGAGUAAAAACGGUAACUGCGAUUUUAAAGGUACAGAUUUGUGCGAAAUUCUUUUCGAUAUAGAAGAAAAUCCCGAAAAACAAGAAAAAAGUACUAAUGACGGAGAUGAAAGCAGUGAAUAUAUUGAACACGACAAAAAAGAAGUAGCAGAUGCAGAUCAGCUUGAACCUUUGGAAACUCUCCUUGAAGAAAACCAUAGAUUAAAAGAGAAUCAAAUGUGUAAGAUAUGCUUGGACAGUCGAGCAGAUGUAAUAUUUCUGCCAUGUGGUCACAUGGUCAGCUGUCCUCAGUGUGCUCAGGCGCUACUCAAAUGUCCUGUUUGCAGACAAACUGUUAAUGGACAGUUAAAAGCGUUCUUUCCUGUGGUUAAAACUACGACAUGACGGCACAGACCCUAAUUAGACAUUUAUGAUUUCAUUACAUUAUCAGACUGAUUAGCUCUUCAGUUUGCAUAGGAAUUACUCUUAUUUGCUAUCUGUAUGCAUAUCAUAAAUAACAUUAUAUUUAUUACAAAUAAAUACAUUACAAGAUACCCUUUAAAACAUAAAAUACAUAGUUCUCAAUGAAAAAAACAUUACUCAGCCUAGUGGUUAAUAUAUCUGGCAGAACCUAAACAUAUCACAUCUUAAUCAUAUUCUAUAUUUACGUUCAUGUAUAACAUGUAGAUAAUCAACACAAAACAUAACAUGACAUACCUUGGAUUUCUGACAAUUAUUCUCACACAAACACACAAUAUUCACUGUGUACUGGUAAUAACUGUAUUAACUGUGCUGUAAAGUUAAGAUCAGAAUAUUCAUGCAAAGUGUUAAAAGAAUGGAGUGGCAGUUCGUAGAUUAGCCAUUACAAAAACAAGCGCCAAUUCAAGAAUGUCGGAAGAACGCGUACAGGACGAAUAAAACCGCUAUUCAAGAAACAACACUUAAACAAAUCAAUCUAGGAAAAGCAAUUAUAAACUGCAAACCAAAGAAUGAAUCUAACAAUCCAAACACUCCUUAAAACCAAGUAAAAUUUGUGACAUAAAUUAUGGCGUUAAGCAGUCAUCUUCAAGAGUUUCACCACCUGAUGUAUUGGACCAAGCAAUUAUUGUUGUUUUAUUUGGCGUGGACAGUCCCCUUGCUAUUUAUAAAUUUGAAACCACUUCCUCCAACUCCGCCAACCUAACUUUUAUUGUCAAAAGUCAGGGUUGUUUUAAAACUAUGAAUAUCACAAAGUGUUUCUCGCUCAGUAUAUUAUGUUUUCAUUAUCAAACCCAAAAGUCAAUACCGAGAAAGUGUUCCAUUGUCUUAACUUUAUAAUGUUUUAUAUGUAUUACAUGUAGUUGCGUGGGUGACGGGUUUCUGACAUCCAGUUAUGUUUAUUCGGGUAAUCGCUAUUACAAGUAGAAUGUUAGCUUAUGUAUAUAAUUGUUAUAUUCUGUAUUUUUUUUUUUUUUUUGGCAUUUUUGAAUAAAUGCUCACUUUUCAUUCAAAACCAA